CCAGGUACUGUUUCCGGCCAAAAAUCUCCUGUCAUUCAACUUCAUCGCUGUUUUGUUUCAGUCUGGUUUUGUAGUACCUGAAGAAAUGGUUGCCGGAAGAGAAAAAUUACUUGCAAUUUAGAAGGGCUCGGAUCAAGCUUGCUCAACAGUCAAUUACCAUUUUCGCAGAUCCGAAUCGCCCAAGCCAAGCGGAACAAAAAGAUAAAAUCCCAAAACACGAAAGCCAUGGUAGUUGCGAGUUCCAAUCCCCACAACAAGGAGAUGCAAAUCCGUAGAAGAAUAAACAACAUAUACAAUAAAAGAGAGGAGGAUUUCUCAUCACUGAGAGAAUACAAUGAUUACUUGGAAGAAGUGGAAGAUAUGAUUUUUAAAUUGAUUGAAGGAAUUGAUGUUCAAGCUAUUGAAGAACAGAUUAAUAAGUAUCAGAAGGAAAAUGCUGAGCUGAUUAUGAUCAAUCAAGCUCGGAAGGCUGAAGAUUUAGCUGCAGCAAUGGCAGCAAGCAAGGGACUUCCUGCACAUGCCGAUACUGAUGGGAGCUCUCAAACUGCGUUCGCAGCCGGUGCUCAAGGUCAAUAUGCGCCAACUGUUGCUGGAGGGCAACCACGACCAACAGGCAUGGCACCACAACCUGUGCCACUUGCCAGCGGGCUGGAUAUGCACGGUUAUGCUUUUGAUGAUGAGGAGAUGAUGAGGCUCCGAGCAGAAAGAGGUGGAAGAGCUGGGGGAUGGAGUAUAGAGUUGAGCAAGAAGAGAGCGCUGGAAGAAGCCUUUGCGAGCAUAUGGGUUUGAUGGGCCACAUGCCACCAUGGAUGGGGACUGUAAAACAAUCAUGCCCAAGGACAUUCAGUUGGCCCGUAGGAUCAGAGGCGAGCGUGCUUAAGUGCAAAAUCUCACUUGCAAUUAAGCAAUUCUUGUGUGCUUUUUGUAGACGUAUUUGUUCAUUUAUUAAGUGGAUAAAAAGAUGGGUUGAUGGUAGUUUUGUUUGUUUCAUUAUCU